UCAGAUGCUAAAAAAGCAUGGGAUGAUAUAUGGACCAAUCGGUGGGAUAAAGAGGAGUUUGAGCAAUAUCUGGAAAAUGAAAGACAACGUAGGGAGUUAGUUCAGCAAUUGAAUGACGAAUUCUAUAGAGAAAUAAUCUUGAUAGUAGAAAUAGAAUAUCAAUUACUAUUAGAACUUGAAGAAGCAAUCGAGAUAGAUAUUAACGAUGAAUACUUAAUCGAUUCACCAAAAUGGUCUGAUGAUGAGCUAAAAUUUGACAGUGAUUAUAAAUCCUAUGACCCAGGAUAUGCCUAUAAUUUUCACCAGGAUCAUAACAAAUGUUGGUAG